CUAGGUUAGAUGAAUUUUGUCCAUAUUGAUUGGAAACCAGUUGUCAGGUUUUAAUAUUUAUUUAACAUAAAGAACAUAUUUUUUUAUUAUUUUAGCAUAAUGAACAACAAAAUAAACGGUGCUAGUAAAAGUAUUGCUAUAUCUAAUAAAAAUAUAUUGGAAAAUAACCAUUAUAUGCCUCCUUCUGGACUCUCUUCAGAAGGUCUUUGUGAUUGUAAUAAACAAAUUGAAAUAAUUGUGAAAGCUAAAGGCCUUAAACGUAAAUCAACAAUGGUUAUGAGCAAUCCAACUAGUCAUAAAAGUAUAGAAGAAAAAAAAAGACCUGGUAAUAGUGGUGAUGUCCACCAAAGUUGGGGUAAAGCUUUAAUAGAACAAAAUAAAGCAGUUAUAAAACAAGGUUUGCAACAAUUUCAGACAAGAACAACAGGUUCAAAAUCAUUAAAACAUAGUAGUGAAACUAAAGAAAUUAAAAAGCAUUCCUUAAAUCAUCAAAAACCAAAUCAUAAACAUUUAGAUGAAUUGCCUAUCAAACAAUCAGCUUCUCAAAAAAGGAUAGAAGAACAUAUAAAAUCUAUACCACGAACUGCAAAUCCUUCAAGUACAUCAAUUCCAAGUACUGUGGAAUCUAUUAUAGUUUAUGAUAAAGGUGUACAAUGUGAUGGAACACUUGAUUAUUUUGAUGAUAGAUUUGGUGUUUUUAAUCCAGUUCGUACAUUACAUUUUUUAAUAAAAGAAUUAGAACAUUUGGUUAAAGACGAUAAAGCUAAUAAGAUUCUUACUAAUAUGGAACAAGCAUUAUUAAGAAUAUCAAUGGAACCUGGUAAACCACCUAUUGUGCAGGAGUUAGAAACUAAAUCAGAAACGACUAGACAAAUGAGUUUAAUGUGUGAUGCAUUACAAAAUGAAAGAGACUCUUUAGUGAGACAAAAUCAGGAAAUAUGCUCUUUAUUGCACGAAAAUCGUGAAAAGCAGUUAGAUCUUGAAAAAACUGUAAAAACAUUAAAACAAGAAUUAGAAGAAACUGUUAAAAUUAGAGAUAAAACAAUAAUUGAAUUAAAAGAAAAGAUUAAAAAUUAUGAAUUUUCGCAAAAAAUUAUAUCGGACUUAAGAAUGAAUCUCGCUGAACAAAAGGAACUUUUAAGUCAAAGAUAUUUAGAAGUGCAAUGUAUAACUCUUGAAAAAGACAAAUUCUCAGCUUUAUCAUUGUAUAAAGAUUCUUUAUUAAAUGAUCUUCGUAAUCAAAUCAAGGAAUUGCAAAAUUGUAUCGCUGAUCAAUUAUGUAAUUUAAAAGAUAGUUAUAUUCAAGAAGAAUGUCCAAAUCCACAAAUUUCAUUGGUACAUGGAGGUCGUGUAUGUUCAUCACCUACUUCUACUUCUUCACGUGAUUCAAAUAUACGUACUUCUUGGCACGAUAUAUCAGAUAUUUCUUUAUCCACGGAUCACAAUCCGUCUAAAAUUAGAAAUGCACAAGAUUUAUUACAUAUGUCAGAUAAAAUUCCAGCUUUUUUAGAAAUCCAAGGCGAGACCUCAGAAAAUAAACGAACUAAGAAUAUUAAGGAAGCUUCAACCAAAGAUUCCGCAAAUUUAGACUUCAUUAGUUUACCUGCUGGAGAAUCCUCACUUACACUUUUACCUUCUUAUAAAGAUCUUGGUUGUACAGAGAUCAGUAAAUCUGUUAAUAAAGGGGAUGGUGAUGUAAUAACAUUUAGUAAAAAAAAUGAUAAUUUAGAUAAUUUUAAAAAUACUAAUAAAAUAUCAUCAUUGGAACAUUUAAAUUAUUCUCUUGAAAAAAUUCAAAAAAAAGAAACUGAUAUAAAAGAAUCAAGUAGAAUUAAAAAGUCUUUAGAAUCAAAUAAAGAAGAAAGUUCUGAAAAAAAAUCUAUUGUGAAUGAAGAUAAUACUAAUAUUCUAAAAGAUAAUUUGACUCAUAAUUUAAUAAGCUCUACUAUAACAGAACAAUUUCAAAAUAUAUUUCAAGAUAUAAGAAUUCAAAGUAGAAUGCCUGUUAAGGUACCCAGUCCACCAAGGAAUUAUCCUAAUCCUGAAUGGAGUGAUAGUACUUUACCCAGUAUCAGUACUGUUUCAGGGAUAUAAAUGUGAUAUAAAUUUUUCUCUCAUUGACAUUUUAAGCUUAUAUUAAAUCUUUUGUAAAAGAAUCUUAUUGUGCAGUCAUACUUUUUAUCAAAAUAGAUGGUUUUAAAAGAUUUAAAAAUUAUAUUUUUAUAAUUUCAACAUGAUAUAAUAGUAUAUUUUUAAAUAAUAAUUUAUAAAAAAUAUAGAAAAUAUACAUUAUAUCAAUUAUAUUGAUUUCUAA